AGGCAGCUUUAUAUGGUGGGUUUGUGUUCCUUGCUGUCAGGUUCUCCAGAGAUGGAAACAAGGAGGUUAGAGGGGAAAUGGGAGAAUGAAGAGCCGGACACUGAGGAUCCUCUGGACACAAUAAAGAGGGAAAUGGAUCCCGUUCCUGGGGCCGGUUCCCCAGAUGCAGAACCAGAAAUAUUACAGAUAAAGAUUGAGAAAGAAGAACUGGACUCAGAAGAUCAGAACCCAAUGGAAAUCUUGUGCGUUCCGAUCAGUGAUGGAGAUCAGAGCGGCUGUCAAAUACCCAGACUCCACCCAGAUGACCUGCCCCAAGGACAACAAGGAAGGACUGGCUCAGAGUCUGACACUCUAUAUGAGGAGUGCGGUGCAAGGCCUGACCUACUGGAGUUUGUUUGCGUUGCUUGUGGAAACAAUAUGUCCUCCUAUGAGGCACAAGCACAUCUACUGACUUGUAGUGUCUCUAUUUCAUAUAGGAAAAGCAAUAUGUGCCCAGGAGCGAAACCAUUCAUGUGUAACAAGUCUGAGAAGCACCAGAAAGAGGGUCCUGAGGCAGAGAAACCAUUCAUGUGUAACAAGUCUGAGAAGCACCAGAAAGAGGGUCCCGAUGCAGAGAAACCAUUCAUGUGUAACAAGUCUGAGAAGCACCAGAAAGAGGGUCCCGAGGCAGAGAAACCAUUCAUGUGUAACAAGUCUGAGAAGCGCCAGAAAAAGGGUCCCGAGGCAGAGAAACCAUACGGAUGCACGAAAUGUGGCAGAAUGUUUUCAUAUAAGGGCAGCCUGAAGUCACAUGAAAAAAUACACACGGCGGAGGCUCCGUAUCCGUGUAGAGAGUGUGGCAAAGUCUUUUAUCAUAAGGCCACCUUCCUGGCGCACAUGAGAAUUCACACGGCUGAAACCCCCUUUACAUGUCCAGAAUGUGGCAAGAGCUUUUCCCAAAAGAGUAAUCUCCUGACGCACGAGAGGAUUCACACGGGUGUGAAACCCUUCACAUGUAUGGAGUGCUCCAAAACCUUUACUGUAAAGAGCAGCCUAUUGUCCCACCAGAGGGUGCACACAGGGGAGAAACCCUACACCUGCACCGAAUGCAACAAACAUUUUUCUCACAGCUAUCAGCUUCGGGCCCAUAUCAGCGCUCACACGGGCGUAGACCCAUUCCCAUGCACCGAGUGCGGCAAGAGCUUCACUCUAAAACACAGACUCCUCAUGCACCAGAGAAUUCACACAGGGGAGAAACCCUUUAAAUGCACAGAAUGUGGCAAAGGCUUCUCUUUUAAAGACACACUUCAGAAACACCAGAGAAUUCACACUGGGGAGAAACCGUUUGUGUGCGCAGAUUGUGGGAAAAGUUUCACUUUAAAGGAUCGGCUCAACAAACACCGGAGAAUUCACACCGGAGAAAAACCUUACAAAUGUCUGGAAUGUGGAAACAGUUUCUCUGCUAAGCCCAUGCUUCUGAUGCACCAGAGAUCCCACACGGGGGAGAAACCCUACACCUGUAGCGAGUGCCAGAAAACCUUUGCUCAGAAGACCACACUGAUGAUACACGAAAGAAUUCACACAGGGGAGAGACCUUAUCAGUGCAAUGAUUGUGGAAAGAGUUUCGUUCAUAGCACCAACCUGCACAGCCACCAGAAAAUCCACACCGGGGAGAAACCAUUCACCUGCACAGAAUGCGGCAAAAGCUUCUCCUUGAGGAACAAACUUGUCAGACACCAGAAAAUUCACAAAUAGCGAGGCCUAAAGGAAUAUAUUUUUGAACACUAGGAGAUGCCUGAGAAUCAUAUCUAAAGGGGAAGUUUCACCAAAAACCAUUACGCUGGUAUUCUGAACUAAUCUCGACUCUUGUACUGAUGUUCAACGGUUGGAAAUGUAAGCAGUCAUCUGGUAGCUAGGGUCUCUCUGUUCUUAGCAACCAGUGAUGAACUGGAAUGAGAGACUGCAUCUUAUAUUGCAAAUCAUUCAAACCAGAUAAAGACGUCCAACUGCAAAGAGUCACAAUAUAUACCAAUGGCUACAUCAUACUAUACAGACAGGAACUUCUUCUUUAAAGGGGAAAUGCACCCAUUUAAUGCAAAAAGAGCUGACAAAUACUAAGUGUCCCACCAUUGCCCACGUUAGAUAAAGGCCUAAGGUUGCACCAAUCCCUGUCUUGGGGGUUCUGCUCUAUAAAAGACACACAAAAUAUUUGCCUUUCUGUAAAUGUGGUGAGAAGUGGUACUGCAAGUGCCCAGCAAUACUCCAGCUUCAUUCUCACUAAUAAGAUGUAGUGACGUGUGGGCUAAACCAAAAGCCGCAGAUUGAUCAUCGAUUGGGUGGGUUCAUGUUGAGACCAAUCAUUGCGGGUUAGGAUUGGGUAUUGGACUGGGGCAGUAAACUCUUCCUCCGCUCCCAAAGAUUCCCUGUCACUAAUAAGAGAAACUCGAUGGGGUAAAUUUAUCAAAGAGUGAAGUUCCGCCACUAGAGUGAAAUUCCGCAGCUCUCCAUUAAUUUCUAUGGGAUUUUGAAAGGCGUAUUUAUCAAUGGGUGAAAGUGAAAUUUCACCCUUUGAUAAAUACGCCUUUAAAAACCCCAUAGAAAUGAAUGGGAAGUGGCGGAAUUUCACUCUAGUGGCGGAACUUCACUAUGAACUUCACUCUUUGAUAAAUAUACCCCCUAUGCCGCACACUGGAGCUACUCCACCCCUGGGAUCACUGCUGCCAGACUGGUAGAUUAUAUAUGUAUACUGAGUAUCUUUCACUGAUAUUCACUCACUGUGGGGGGAAGGGAACCCCUGGCAAAUGAUUUAUGUCCAAUAAAAGUGCACUUCUAAGCAACAAUCCAAUUACAAUACACAUUCAUUUUAAAAUCAUUUUGAAGGCUGGUGUCUCUGCUAAGGGCAGCGGCACACGGAAAGAUUGUCGCGAUUUUUUUAGGCGCAGCUGCAGGCGACAACUCUCCAGAAAAUGCCUCUCCAUUGCCGGUAAUAGGAAUAGCUGGCGGGAUGUCGAAUUCAUCACUAAAUCACCCAAAGUUUCCUCUGCAGGCAUGCUCGGGUGAUUUAGCGAUCAGUUGGACUUACCACUAGUGAUUUUAAUUAUGGUCAACGGAGAGGCAUUUUCAGAAGAUUUGUCGCCCACAGCUUUGUCUAAAAAAUUGCAACAAAUCUUCCCAUGUGCCACUGCCCUAAAGGCUAAUCUGUAUGUGAAACCUCCAAUUCUACUGUACAGUGCAAUUAGGUGGGUGGGUGGGGGCAGGCCAAACAAAAGAAAGUAAAAAAUUUAAGAAAACCUUUAUUGAAUAAUCAUGUCAAAAAGCCUUACGCGUU